GUAAAUUGUUUUGCUUAAAAUACCGAGAAAAGAGACUUUUUGCUUGCUAGAGAAAGAGAGUCGAACCUUAGGCCAAUCUUACUUUUCCAAAUGACCAGAUGAAAAGCGAAAUAUGUUCAAAUCAAAAUGAUCAAGCAACGCCAGCCAAAAAAACAAGAGCGCAGCAGCAUCACAUCGCCCCAUCCGGUAUAAUUCGUAGCAACGGGCAUCGGGCAACGGAAACGCGGCGUGCAAAGCGUUGUUUUAACAAAGGCCCAUCAUCACCAGGAACAUUAAAACCCAAAAAGAGAAAAAUUCAGUGUGCACCAGUAAAAACGAGCGCGAUCGUCUGAAACGCCGCCGCCAGGCCCUAAUACGAUCCCGCCGAUCGAUUGGUUCAGUUGUUCUAGACACAACGUGAGAAACCGGCAGCAGCAGAAUGAGUGAUCCGGAGGAUCUUGAAGAUGGUGAGAUUGAGGAUGACGACGAGGAGGAGGUGGUGGUCGCCAAGCCGGAAGAUCCUCCGCUUGGCCAACCGAUGCCGAAUGAUGCGGAAGAUUUUGACGAACUAUCGGCCUCGAAAGCACCGGCACCGGGCAGACGGGAGGAACAUCAUGCCAGCAGCGGUAAAGGGGCCCAGCAGCAACGUUCUUCCAAAAAACCCGCUCCCGUCGUGGACGAUUGGGCGACAAAGGUCGAAAGUGCGAUUGCCAAAGAGCUGAUCAAGGAUGGCGUUCAGCCACCGAUGCCCUCGGUUGCCCUUGCACAGAACGAGGAAGACACCCCCAGAUCGUCCCCCGGUGGACCGACCGGUGGUGGUGGUGGUGGUAGAAAGUCGAAGAAACGCAAAAAAUCCUCACGCGGCGGUGGAGGUGGAGGUGAUCUGACACAGCCAAGCAUCAAACAGCAACGGCUGAAUGAUGAAGCCGGUGAGCUGGGUGAACAGGAUCUGGAGUACGAAAUGCUCAACAUGCGCGGUGGAAGCCCCCAACUGUUGGCCAUGGGUGGCCACGUACCGGAUGGUAUGUCCGGUGGCGAGUCGGAGAACGAUACUCACUACUCAUCCGAUGGCUCUUCAUCGGUACGGGAUCAUCAUCAUCAUCAUCACCGCACCGGCGGUGAUCGGGAUCAUCGGGGAGAUCGAGAGCGCGAUCGCGAUCGGGAACGAGAGCAACGGUUAGCGGAAAGAGAGCGGGAACGGGAACGGGACCGGGAAUACAAUCGGAACAAGCGGAAGCAGCAAAAGCAACAGCAGCAGCAGCAGCAGCAGCAAGCGCGACAGAGAAACGCCAAAUCGAACCGCGAUAAUCGGAAACGGAAGCGCGAUGAUUCGGAUGACGAAAAGCAUCGACCAACGGGACCGCGUAAGAUGGAACUGUGCAAGUUCUACCUGAUGGAUUGCUGCGCGAAGCGGGAAAAGUGUCUCUACAUGCACAAGGACUUCCCGUGCAAGUACUACUAUCUGGGCAUGAAGUGUAAGGAGAAGGAACUGUGCCACUUUAGCCACGGCGAACCACUGACUAACGAUCUGCGGGCGAUACUGUUGAAGCACCUCGAGACGGCCCCGCAGGAAAUUCUCGGUAGCUUCCAGCGCAUCAGUCGCGAUACGGCCAACAAUCUGCUCAACGCUACGCACCGCAAGCUGAUGGAAAAGUACGGUCGAGGCGAUGGGGAUGGUGGGGAUGAUGGGAUGAAGCUACCUUCCCUGAUGGACGGAAUGCACGGUGGCGGCAACUCAAGGCAUCAGCAACAGCAGCACCAUCAUCACCAACGGAAGCGCUGGUGCGAUGAACCGAACCGAAGAACACCGGACGAUGAAGAGGAUCGUGGGGCGGAGGGAGGAACGCUUGGCUUGCAGCAUUUGGCUGGCGUUAUAACGCGCGAUCAGAUCAACGAUCUGGAACAGAUGGGUAUCCGGACGUUGGAUGAAAUCAGUCAACUGACGGUGGCCCAGUUGAACGAUCUCGGUCUGAGUAUCACGCAGAUACACGAUCUUCAAGUGAAGGCACUGAGUAUGAAGCGUUCGCGCGAUUCAUCGGUAGACGGCGGUGGUAGAGGGAGACAAGAGGACCGAUUAAGGGGUGAGAGAACUUCGGUCGACCGUAGCGGUGUCGCCAAGGAUCUCGAUAUGCGAAUCAAGCCAGGAGGAAUGAACCAUCCAUCGUCGUCGUCUGGCCCAGCCGAACCGAUCGUUGCCCAAGCCGAUGUUGACAUGCGAGUGUUUCCUCCAAAUGGCCAGCAGCAAAAGGGCGAAAAGGGCACCGAUCCAUCACUGCUUCCAUCGACGCUACUUCCACUGAAACCUCCAACGGUCGAUUACUCCCAGUACAUCAAGGAUUCUAACCUGGACGAGGAAGAUCUGGACACGGUGGCGGCGGCCAAUCCGGUCCUCCUCAACCCCGACGACGAGGACGAUGAUGAUGAUGAUGAUGAUGAUGAGAAUAAUCUUAAGAUAAACAUCGAGGAGGAAGAGGAAGAACAGAAAAAGGACCAGGAAGAGGAAGAGGAGGGCAAGAGCGAGCGGGAACAGGACAAAUCAGCUUCUGCUCCCCUGCUGCCACCCCUUGUACCACCUAAGAUUGACUAUGCGCAGGGUUUGGGUGAUUUGCUGCUGUACGGAAGCCUUGAUAAGACGGCUUCCGCUAAGCCAUCCUCCGUCGCUUCGCCACGUACCGAUGAUCACCACUCACCGCCCGACAGUACUGCCCGAACGACCGAAAAGGAUGAAAAUGGCGCUGGAUCGAAGCUGGAUCUUCUCAAUUCGGACGAAAUCUGGACACCGUCCAUGUCUCUCCUGGGCAGCAGUGGCACCAGUGCCCCGGUUGUUGCGGCUGAUGCGAAAACCAAACCGGCCCCAGGAGUGAGCAGUAAGCGACGUACGACCGGGCCUCCGUCGAUAUAUGAUUGGGACGAUUCUGAUAACGUUUCGUCACCGGAUGGAGCGAGCUCACCGGUAACUACACCGUUCGGUUACGGUUCGUCCGAUCGUGCGCUUCCAUUGAACAUUAACGAUGACGAGGAUGAGGAUGAGGGUGGGGUCGGCGGUUCACGUACGCGUGAUUUGGGAUUGCCCUUCAAACCGAUAAUGGCUAAUUAUGUGCCCGCGACGGAGAUUGAUGGAUCGAUCGGUUCGCAUGCCACGAUCAUCUACAAGGUAUAUGUGGUUGACGUUCCGAAGCCAAACUUCAAGUCACUGCGACGCUCCAUGCAACGCCCGAUGGGUACGCGGGAUCCACGGUUAAGGCGCCUCUUUGGGCUGCACAGUGACGAGGAGGAUGCGAAGGAUUCGCACGACGAUGGAGAUACCAGCGAGGGUAUUAAGUCACCGGAUGCCAGCUCGAUCGCAUCACCUCCGUACGGUGUUCCAUCGUUGCAUCUUCCUGGAGCAACAGGUGUUACGGCACCGGCACCCCUAGCAUCACCACAGGCCGCCGCUGCGUCCUCUCCUUCGUCUACGGCUCGUAGAGUGGAUCCUCGUAAACGGCAUGCCGAAAAGAUGGCCGCCGCUGCGGCAGCCCAACAGCAGCAGGACGGUUCUGGGGCAGGAUUCGGUCCCGGUGGCUUACCACCACCACCAUCAUCCGCUACUGGCCCCAAUGCGACACCACAGCUGGACGUGCAGACAAUCUUGCAGCGAUCUACCUGGUACAAGGAUCUCGGUACCAAGCACAAGAUCAUGGUUAACCAGCAGCUGGCGAUUCUGUCGACGGAGAUGAAAAAGUAUCACAGCUCCGACCGCUCGACGGAAGCGUUGAGCGAGUUUAUGAAGUUCCUCGGCACCAACAGUAUGCUGCAGCACAUCCUGACCUGCCUGAACGUGUACGUCGAUCAUACGGUGGCGUUCUGUGAGGUGACGUCCGUACCGCGGCUACAGUCACCGCCCAGCUUCCCGUUGCUUGCGAACAUUCCACCACCGAUCGUCGGUGCUGGAGGGCCUACACCAGGGGGGGUGGGUGGUCCACCCGGUGGUGGUGGUGGUGGUGGUGGUAUGGCGCAUCUCUCCGUUCCGGUGCACAUUCCGCCGCCACUGAACGUACAGCAACCGCCUCCGAUGGGUUUACCGCCACUCACCAGUGGACCACCGCCACCGUUCCUCAAUCACAACAACGGUGGACCCGGUGGUGGAAACAAUGGGCCACAAGCUGGAUCCCGUUUUGGACCGCCAAUGUCGCAGCACGAUGGACCACCUGGGCCUGGUGGUAUGGGGCCACUACCCCCGGGGCUACUGGGCAUUGCACCCAAUAUGCCGUUCGAACAGUUUCUGGCCAUGGGUAACAUCAAUAAGGGUGGUGGUGACCACGGUGGCGGUAACAUUCCACCCUGGACGCAAGGCAACGGUAACAACCAUAUGCGCAACAACAGCAACAACAUGCGCAACAAUAACCGGAUCGGGCACAAUUUCCGCAACAACAACGACCGGUGGGUCAACAAUGGUGGUGGUGGUGGUGGUGGUGGUGGUGGAGGCGGUAACAAUGGCGGUGGUAAUGGUAACAAUCGGCGCAACAAUCGCAGGAUGGAUCGGAAAAAGUAAAGUGUGUAGCGCCUCCCAGUGAGAUUAUUGAUUGUGGGUGCCGCCCCAACGGAGACGAGUUUAGUUAGUAGAGUUUUGCCCCCACCGAGGGAGGGCCUGCAGCUUGCGAUCGUAUUAUUACCAAAGGCGCACUGUUGCCUUGCGGCAUAAAGACCUUCACCCUUCGUCUCUCUCUAUCUCUCUAUUUGUACGUUGUAGAGCAGCUUGGGACAGCUGCUAAUGCGAUAUCCUUAGCCAUGAAACGCGCGGCAGCAAAGCGGCGAUGUUACCUGGACGAUUCUACUUCCGAUUUGUGUUAAUUUAAAUGCAACAUAAACUAUUGAUAAAAAACGGGAGGGGAAAUGGGGCGGCCAUGGUAGCGAUCCAAUCGGGUUCGGUAGGAUCAAUUGUAAUGUUCUUAUCGCAGAUUAAAUUAGACUGAUUGCAAACGUCGAUUGUGCGCGUAAUGUUAGUGCAGUUCCAGGUACGCUUUCUGUAAAUAGCCGUUUCAGUGCGUGUUCGAGCGCGCAAAUAUUAUCGCUCCGAUGGCGUACGAUGUGUAUAAUCUUAAUAAAACAACAUAUUUUUUACCGCA